CUUCACGUCUCAGUUAUGUGCAGUUGUCUUUCUGUGCGGCAUUAGGCUUUGUCUUGCUCGUCGCUUUUUUGUUUAAUCGGUUACCUGCAUGAUUCAAUAAUGAAGGAUUUCGUUUUUGCCUUUCUUUUCGUUGCUUCGUGUACUGCAUUGUCUGGUUUUUACUAUGACAAUGGCGUCGAUCAGACAGUGGUUCACAAGCAUUUGAACAAACGUGAGAAAAAAGAAAUGCAGAGUGAAAUACUGCAUCUCUUGGGUUUAGAGCAUCGUCCUCGACCCGUUUUGAUGCUACCAUCCAAAAAGAAACUUGAGGUGGAUGAUGGCCUUAGCUCUGCACCUCGAUUUCUUAUUGAUGUGUACCAAUCUCUUACGGAAGAAGAUUCAGGAGAACUUAAACUGACUCCCGAUCUGAUUGAAAGAGAAUUUAAUGUUUCUGAUUCAGAUGUACACUCUAUGGAUGAAGCUGAUAUUAUUAUGAGCUUUGUUAACAGAGGACAGCACUUACAUGGAAUAAGACAUCACCACAGUUUUGGCAGAUUUUGGUUUGAUCUUUCUGAAGUUCCAGCACAAACAACAGUGAUAUCUGCUGAACUAAGAUUAUACAUCAACUUAACAAUGGUUCAAGAAAAUAUGAAUACUACUGAAAAAGCAGAUGAAGAAGAAACUGAAGGAAAAAGCCAAAAUUUUUCUAUUACUUUGUAUGAAAUUGGACUGGAAGAUUCAUUGAUCUACAUUGAUUCAAUGGAGAUUGACAGCCAUCAAGAAGGUUGGGUAGCAGUCAAUGUGUCUGUGCCUCUUCAGAAAUGGCUAGUGAAACCUGAAGAAAAUUUCGGGCUUCAAUUGGUGUGUCGUUUAUCUACUUCAGGCAAACAAAUUUCUGCCAGGGAAGUUGGACUAGUUGGGUCUCAUGGCAAUGACAAACUUCAACCUUUUAUGGUAGCAUUUUUUCGAUCGUCGAUGCCUUCAACCCAAAAGCAGCUUGGCCAACAAUUGCCAGUUCCUCCCAAAGAACUAAUUGACGAUGAAGAUUUUGAAAACGAUGAAGUUCCAAAGAGAAGUAGCCGAAUCAGAAGGCAAACUCCAAACAAUAAUAAAAAGCGCAGCAAAGAUAACGAAGAGUUUGGAGGUUGGAAUCCAUAUGCAGAUUUAGAUGCCAGACUAUCGAGGCGUAGCUGUCAAAAAAAGAAUCUCUACGUCAGUUUCCGUGAUUUGGGAUGGCAGGAUUGGAUUAUUGCUCCCGAUGGAUAUGCUGCUUCUUAUUGCAAUGGAGAGUGUUCGUUUCCAUUGAACGCGCACAUGAAUGCUUCAAAUCAUGCCAUUGUUCAAACGCUUGUUCAUUUAAUGAAUCCGUAUCGUGUUCCCAAGCCUUGUUGCGCACCCAUCAAACUGUCCUCAAUCUCGGUACUUUAUUUCGAUGACAAUUCCAAUGUCAUUUUAAAGAAAUAUCGCAAUAUGGUCGUGAAAUCUUGCGGUUGCCACUGAAUAUUCUAAUUUUAUUACCUUUCCCGAUAACUAGCUUACCAUUUAGCACAUCUUUGUUUCAUACGUGCUUUACGCUGAAAAACGACAUUGUAAAUAUCUGUGCAAUUAAUAAUUUCAAACGAUAAUGUUUCAUAACAUCGUAAAUAAAUGCUUCACCUCGUUUACGUAA